AACGUGUGAUAAUUUGAUAAAUGCCAUGUUAGAAAUUGAGCUCAUACUACUGCAUAUGAUCAGGAAAAUAUUAUAUGCAGGAAACUGAGCUUGGAAAUAUUAUAUGCUGGAAAUCUUAUGUGCAUAAUAAUAAACUGGUGAAAGUGCUGUGGUGGUCCUGUUGCAAUUUAAUGUUUUAGGAGAAAAUAAAAGCAUCCUUGUACCAUAUAAAUCAAAGUAGCAUGUUAUUUCCAUCUGAGAUGAGUGCAUAGUUCCCACAUAUGUUGCCUGAUUCAUAAUCAUGUUUAACUUCUUCUUGUGCAUGCAAGCGUUCAUCACACCUGAACACACACUUGUAAUUCCAGCGCCACUCUCAGGUGAGAUGGAUGCGAAAUAUGCACUCGAGCGCAUCACGUUGAUUGGAUGAGAGUCCCGCCGGUUUGCCUUAACGAUUUACGGUGACGUGCAGAGGGGCUCGUUAAAUCAUCCCCCGUCCCGGCUGACAGAGAGAGAGAGAGAGAGAGAGAGAGAGAGAGAGAGGAGGUGUAGUGGCUUAGAGACCAGCAGAGAGAGAGAGAGAUCAGUGGAGACGGAUGGUUUGUGUCUGUUCUGCUCUAAGUUUGUGGUUCUGUUGCAGAAAGAUCUGGACCUGCGACGGCAGCAUGAUGCCGUUGGUCUUCACACUUCUCUGCCUCUGUGUUUUAAAGAUGGGCGGCUUCUCUCCAUCUGUCACUCAAGCCACCGUCCAAUCAGAGCUUCAGUGUCAUGACUGGGGCGUGUGGAGCGAGGGUUCGGUGCGGGUGUAUGACGGGGAGGUGGCGUAUAUCUACUGUCCGCUCUUCUCUUAUCCCACGCUCUACAGCUACAGUCAGAUUCAGAACAGCAGUCUGUCUCUGCUGUGGUACCGACACACACACACACACGAGCUGGAGCAGCCCAUCAACCUCAAACUACACACACUGCACAAAGACCGCGAGUACCUGUGGAUACAACCGGCCUCGGCGCAGGACGCCGGACUCUACAUCUGCAUGCUCCGCAACAUUUCCUCGUGUGUGAAGAUCGGCGUGAAGCUGGAGGUGGUUCAGAAGGACGGAGAGUGUAACCUGAGAGCUCAACCUCACCUGAACCUGACCAUACCGAUACAGAGCGAGCGAACCCUCACCUGUCCAGACCUGAACACACUCACGCUGCCCAACAGCACACACUCCGUCAGCUGGUACCACUUUUGCAGUACUCAUCCGUUUCAAGGACACCGAAAGCUGAAAGGAGAUGAUCUGGUGAUCUACACGAUGAUGGAGUCGUACACAGGCCUCUACACCUGUGUGGUUUCAUAUCAGAUGAACGGACGCAUGCUCCAGUUCACACGCAACAUUAAUGUCACUGCUGUUGUUCCUGAUAUUGGCAGUAAAGUUCCCAUCAUCCUGAAUCCCGCGAGUGAUCAGAUCUACACGGUGACUCUGGGAGAUACAGUGACACUGUCCUGUCGUGUGCAUCUGCCUCACCUGUACGAGGAAAAGCAGCACAUCUGGUGGACCAUCGAUAAAAAAACCUUGGAGCAACUCGCCGACCCACGAUUCAGCUCACCUGAGGCCACGCUUGUGUCAUAUGAUGAUGGUAACGAGUUGAAAGAACGAGUCCUGAAUGUGAUGGACUUUUCAGCUGAUGACCUGCAGAGGGAGUUUAACUGCUCCGUCAGAAACAGCCGAGGGUUCAACACCAGGCGAGCCGUACUGAAGGCCGAACCGUACCUCCCGACUCUAGAGCUGGGCUGUGGUUUAGGUGUGACGCUGGCGCUCAUGUUGAUGAUGUUUGUCAUCUAUCAUGUGUUCUGGCUCGAGCUGCUGCUGCUCUAUCGCUCGUGGUUCGGCUCAGAUGAGAGAUACACAGAUGAUAAGCAGUAUGACGUGUACAUCUCAUACGCUCGCAACAGUGAGGAAGAGGAGUUUGUUCUGUCCACGCUGCGUCGAGUCCUGGAGACUGAGUUCGGUUACUCCGUCUGCAUCUUCGACCGGGACAGUCUUCCUGGAGGAAAUCUGAUGGAGUCGGUUCUCAGGUGUAUGCAGGCGUGUCGGCGGCUACUGGUGGUGUUGAGCUCGGAUUGUUUGUGUGAGAAGAGCAUCAGUCUGCUGGAGUGUCGUCUGUGUUUGUACCUGCAUCACGCGGCGCGUUUUCCCAUCAUCACUGUGAGACGACGCGCGUUUAGUGCCUCCUGCGGCGACAUCAUGCAACUGCGCAACAACUCCACCUCCAUCCGCUGGCACGACACACGCUCCGAGCGAACCAACUCACGCUUCUGGAAGCUUCUGCGGCUCGCGCUGCCUCUGCGACCACUUGCGCUCGGGAAAAGACUCAUCGAUAGCACUUCCUCCCAUUCGGACCUGGCGUCUGUGGCGAUGCGUUACACACAUGCGCAGACCGUCUCGCUCAGUCAACGUAGCAAAGGGGGGCGGAGCGGAAUGACUCACCAGAGCGUACGUGACAGAAGUGGGCGGAGCUGUGAACAAAAGGGGCGGGGCUGUGCAAUCUGCGUGAGUUUUCAGGAAAGUCGUCGAAUUUGGGGCGGAGUUAUUGCUGCCCAUUGGAACACACACCUGCAUCAACCUGUAGCCAAUGGGACGAUACCUCAAGCCACACACAACUCCAACACUGAACCCGGAAACAUCGCUGGGAACGAUCUUUGCCCUUGUGAACCAAUCAACAACAACCAGACAAAUGAGCUACAAACCACUUACUGUUGACUCACACUGAUGCACAACGAAACAGUUAAUAUUAUGAACGAAAUGUUGAGAUCACAAUAGCUUUCAAGUAAUAUGUAAACACAGACCAUGAAUACAAUAAACUAAAUAAUAUCAGG